AUAUUUUUUUAAUACCAAGUAUGCCUACGCUCACCGGUGAAAGACUCGACGCUUUGCGCGAAUUGAUGAAGACCGAGGACUAUGCUAUUGACGCAUAUCUUGUUCCUACUGAGGACGCACACCAGAGUGAAUAUAUUGCUGACUGUGAUAAACGUCGCUACUGGAUCUCGGGCUUCACUGGCUCGGCUGGGUUUGCUGUUGUCUCGUUGGACGAGGCUGCUCUUUUUACCGACGGUCGUUAUUUCCUCCAGGCAUCGGAAGAGCUGGACUCUAACUGGACCCUGAUGAAGCAGGGCCUUCCUAAUGUCCCUACUUGGCAAAACUAUCUUGUCCAUAAUCUUCCGGCUGGCUCCCGUAUUGGACUGGACCCUACCCUGAUCUCUGUUGCCGACGCCAGUCAAUUGUCGGAUGAGUUGAAGGCCAGCGGAUCCUCUCUUGUACCAAUUCAAAAGAAUCUUAUUGAUAUCAUCUGGAAGGAACGUCCUGACGCUCCCAAGGACCAUGUAUUUGUACACCCCAUUGAGUUUGCUGGCAAAUCGCACCAAGAAAAGCUGAGCGAUCUACAUGCCCACAUCAAGUCCAAGGACGCGUUUGGACUCAUUGUCUCUGCAUUGGAUGAGAUUGCCUGGUUAUUUAACCUACGUGGAUCGGAUAUUGAAUGCAACCCAGUUUUUUUCUCCUAUGCAAUCAUCACACAAACUGGUUCCACUUUAUACGUUGAUGAUGCUAAACUCAGUGACAGCGUUCGCGAGCACCUCGGAUCUGAGGUUAUCAUCAGAUCAUACGCUGAUGUGUUUGAUGACCUCCGCAAGAUUGGCUCGGAGCUUGAAGAGUCUAACCAAAAACUACUCAUUAAUGCCAAGACCAGUCUUUCAGUUGAAGUGGCCGUCGGCAAGGAGAAUGUUACCGAGGAACGUUCAAUUAUCACAGAUCUCAAGGCAAUCAAGAACGAGACCGAGUUGCAGGGUUUCCGCGACUGCCAUGUGCGUGAUGGUGCUGCUCUGAUCAGAUACUUCGCCUGGUUGGAAGACCAGCUUAAGCAAGGUGCUGUUCUUGAUGAAGUCGAUGCUGCUGAUCGUCUUGAGAAAUUCCGUAGUGCCGAAGAACACUAUGCCGGACUUUCUUUUGAUACAAUUUCUUCAACUGGUCCUAACGGUGCUAUUAUUCACUAUUCGCCUGAGAAGCCCACCGCCAAGAUCAUUGAUCCUACUCUUAUUUACCUUUGUGACUCUGGAGGACAGUACAAGGAUGGUACCACAGAUGUCACAAGAACUCUUCACUUUGGUGAGCCCACUGCUUAUGAAAAGCGAUGCUUCACUCGUGUUCUCCAAGGUCAUAUUGCUAUUGAUGCUGCCGUAUUUCCCACUGGAACAACUGGCUAUCUCUUGGAUCCAUUUGCUAGACAGGCACUGUGGAAGGAUGGUUUAGAUUUCUUGCACGGAACUGGCCAUGGUGUUGGUUCCUUUUUAAAUGUUCAUGAAGGUCCUCAUGGAAUUGGUAUCCGUAUUGGUUACAACAGUACACCCUUGGCUGCAGGAAUGUCUGUAACAAAUGAACCCGGUUAUUACGAAAAUGGCAAAUUUGGUAUCCGUAUCGAGAAUGUCCUUCUUGUCAAAAAGAUUGAUACCCCUCACAACUUCAAUGAUCGUGGUUAUCUUGGAUUUGAACACGUCACUAUCACUCCCAUUGGCCUUAGCUUGAUCGAUGUUGAGCUUUUGUCUGCUGAAGAAAAGGAGUGGGUAAAUACCUAUCAUGCCGAGUGCCUCAAGAAACUUGGUCCCCGAGUGGCUGACUGCUCACUUACCACGGCAUGGCUUGAGAAGGAAACCAUGCCUAUCUAAAUGCAUGCAUAUAAUCACACGGCCACACCCACGCCUACACCAAAAUAGUUUACGAAGAAUAUCUUCAUUAAUAUUCUCUUUAUAUACUCUAUUUUUAUUAAUUUAUCUUUAUACACUAUUGGUUCUCCCUUUAAAGCAUCCAAUAUAUUAUAAACGUUAUGCUCUUUAUAUGUUUUGUACUUUAUUACCAACAU